AAAUGGCUUCCAAAAGCUGGACAAAAUCAAAGACUCUAAUAGACAAAGUAAACAGCUUGAGGAGCUUACAGGGAAGAUGCGGGAGUGUAAAAGAUUGAUUAAAGAAUUGGACCGUGAAAUCAAAGACGAGGAAAGUAGAAAUCCUGCGGAGGUGAACAAGCAGCUUAAUGAUGAGAAACAAUCCAUGAUAAAAGAGUUAAAUUCAUAUGUAGCUUUGAGGAAAACGUACAUGAACACUCUUGGGGGUAAAAGAGUUGAACUUUUUGAUAUGGGAACUGGUUCUAGCGAGCCAGUAGCUGAUGAGAAUGUUCAAGUGGCAUCAGAGAUGUCGAACCAGGAGCUUGUUAAUGCUGGAAUGAAGACAAUGGAUGAAACUGACCAAGCCAUUGAACGCUCCAAACAAGUUGUUCACAAAACUAUUGAAGUGGGUACACAAACUGCAACUACUUUGAAGGGCCAAACUGAACAAAUGGGUCGCGUGGUAAAUGAAUUAGACACUAUCCAGUUCUCCAUUAAAAAAGCAUCUCAGCUCGUGAAGGAGAUUGGUAGACAGGUGGCUACAGAUAAAUGCAUCAUGCUAUUUCUGUUUCUGAUUGUUUGCGGAGUAAUUGCCAUAAUUGUCGUGAAGAUACUGAACCCCAAUAAUCGAAACAUACGGGAUAUUCCUGGACUAGCUCCACCGGCUCCUACUACAAGGAGGUUGUUGUAUCUAAGAAAAACACAAGGCACAGUAUUGUUCGAGUAA